UCUAUCAAAUAAAAUCCAAAACCACAGCGUUCAAUAGUAAUUCAAAUAACAAAUUGAAAAUUUUUCCCAACAAACGCUCCUAAAGAGCGCCGCAUUCUGCCAGUCCCCAACCCACGCUCUCUCUGCUAAUGGAGAACAUGCAGUCCGCGGAGGAGCUGGUUCGGGAGUUCCUCGUCUUCCGAGGCUUCACCAACACUCUCCAAUCCUACGACUCUGAGCUCCGAACCGAUCUUGGAAAGGGCUUCCACGUCGAUAAGAUCCUCGACCUCAUCUUCUCCCUCUACGUUCCCAAAUUCCAAGCCGAUAGGCUCGUUGCCCUCCUCUCCUUCUUUAAGCACUACCUCUCCUCUUCUUCCGAAACCGCACUCCUUUCUACGCUCUCCAAAAUCCAAACUUCUCUUCUCCGCUUCUACGUGGUUCACGCCUUGCAAGCCAAUCGCAGGGACAGAGUCAUCGACUUCUUCGCUGUCCAUGGCAGUGACCUCUUGCAACGCUCACAGGAUUGGACUCGCUGGUUCGCGAUUCCUUAUGUUAAGAAUCCGAACCUGGAUCCUGAAUUUCGGGUUUGUUUCUCCAAGGAGUGGUAUGAGGCCUUGCAUCUUUCUGUCAGAAACUUCUUUAGCGAGAUAUUCAAUGGAACUCGGCUACCUGCACUGCUGAAGAUCAGUUCAGAGAUGAAUGCCACCAACGUACUCAAAAAAGAUAUCCUGAAUCUGAAUAUUAAAUUGGCAGAGCUUCAGGCUUUGCUUGAUGAGAAAGAGGCGAAAUUAUCACACUAUAGGAGUAUGGAAGGAAGCAUUAGUUCAUUGAGCAAUUUGCGGGAGGAAAGUUCUCAGAUGUCAAGAGGUUUUCCAGAGGUUUCCCCAACUGCUGUUCCACGAGCAGUUCAAACAGAAAUUAACCAAGAUUCAGUUGUGAAUGGAGCUGCAAAUAUUCAGUCUGAGUAUGUCAUUUCCAAGUCAGGUGAUAAUUCAACUGUGGCAUUGAAUGACCGUGUUGGAAAUGGUGGAUCAGGCGAUACCAUGCAAACAGUUCAUGAAAGUCCAAGUAUAGAAAUUAGUGGAGAAGUUUGUGGUGAAGAAGAUUUUCCUGAUGUCAAAGUAGAGCACCAGGAGACGUUCUUGGGGCACACUAGUCCAAUCAGCCGAUGUUGCUUCUCUGCUUCCGGGAACAAUAUCGCUAGUGCUUCUCUAGAUGGAACUGUUAGAAUAUGGACAUAUGAUUCAUCAACUCCGGUGUCUAGAAAUGCAACCAUAUAUUGUGGCACGGAAAUUUUGUCUCUUGACUGGGAAUGUAAAUCUGACCGCUUGCUGUUAAUAGGUACAUCAGAUGGGUGUAUUAAGGCAUGGAAUGUAGAUGCAAAGAGAGUUGUUUGUGAUCUCAAUACAACUCAAGCAUUUCCAAGUGUCUUGGACAUAAAGUGCAGUCCUGUGGAACCUAUUUUUGUAUCUGCAGCAGGAUCUGGAGGUGCUGGUUCCAAUUAUUUUGACAACCUGGGUUUUGCUUCUCUCACUGUGUGGAACAUGAAGACGUGGAAACCCAUGACAGUCCUUCCUCUUGGAGAAGAUCCACCAGCUAUUACUUCUCUAUGCUUUAAUCACAAUGGAAAGAUUUUAGCUGCUUCUGCUGUUGAUGGAAUGAUCCACAUGUUUGACAUGUCUGCUGGCCUACAAAUUACUGGCUGGCCUGCACAUGAUUCUUCUAUCAGUUCUAUUCUUUUUGGACCGGAUGAGACUAGCAUUUUUAGCCUGGGCUCUGACAGGAAGAUUUUUGAGUGGAGUUUGCAAAAUCAAGGUCAAAUUCUAUGGUCAAGAGACUGCAGUAGGUUCUCUUACCCUCUGAAAGGUUCACAAUAUUGCAGACAUGAGAUGGCAUUAGAUGCAAGUGGGAGAAGACUCUUGGUAACGUCUAGUUCAGUUAGAGCCCCCAUAUACCAGGUUCAAGGUCAUUUAAAUGGUUGGAGAACACUUCCUCAUGGUGCUCCUAUUACUGCUGUGGAUUGGCAUCCUACCUCGCCCAUUUUCCUGACUGGAUCAGCUGAUAACUCUGUCCGAGUGACAUCUUUAUCAUAGCGUCACAUGUUUUCAAUAAGUAUCGAAGGUCCACCAAGUAGACCCACGACCCGGCCGUACGAUGAGACGCCCAUCACGUGACACGAUCUCCUGUGGGAGGAUCUAGACAGUUAGUAGAAACUUCUAAGGGGUUGGGCUUAAGUGAGAGGGUCCACUUGAUGAAUGGGGAUAAAAGAUCCUCAGGUACGUCACCAUAACCCCAAUCUUACCGUCUUAUUAUACGGACGUUUACUUUGGCAUCGGAGUGUCCUUGUAGGUGGCCCACCGACGACUACUGGCAACAUACCUCACCUCAAUUCUCGCGCUCGGGUUUCGAUCCUCACCUCCACCAAUCCAACGAACUAUCGAACAAUGGCGCCGUUUAUGGGGACCUGACCCGAGUUGAUGAUGGAGGCUUUCCGCCAGUUGGACGAGCCAGAAGAAGGGAUGGGGGGGGGACCUCACAUCUGUUCAAAAGGGCCAUGAUAAAGGGGGAGAAGGGAAGCCGAACACCUAAGGUGGUGAACAUGUGUUUAUACACCUAAAUCUAGUCCGGGACACGAGGAGCAUCAAGAUUAAGUUGGCAAACGCGUUUCCGGGGGCCUGGCACUAGGAGCUCGUAAUUCGCCUCCUUGGUGCCACCGUGGCACCGCCACACAAUGCUCCUGAAUUGCAGAGCUAUUGUAAUUCCUCCACGGUUACCCUGGAGGAUGUGCUUGUGACGUCGGUAGUGCACCACACGCAGCGAUUUAUAGGAGGUCGUUGCGCCAUACCUAUAGUGAGGGUACCAUUUAAGUUAAAUCGUGAGGUCGGAAGCAGCUUCUAAGCCAAAACUAAGUUAUUCUACGAUAAGCAAUUGUUAUUCUAUACUACACCGUUCUAGCCUAAACCAUGAAAAAGACACCUAUGGCACCUCCUAAAAGCUAUCUAGCAAGCACCAAUUCGAUCUAAAAAGCAACAACAAAAAGGAAACCAAGAUGGCAAUGGCGGAGAGUAAGCAAAAUGGCACAGCUAAAUGGUCACCUACCAACAAUUGCGACGCAAAAAGGUACUGGAAGUUGGAAAUCGCAGGACUCUCGUGACCGUAGCAAGAAAUCAACAAGCAAGGAGGGAAAUGGCAAUUGCAGAAGGGAGGGAAAAUGGGUGAGUAUGGUAAGCAGUUAUGAAAAAAAAAAAAAAGAGAAAAGGAAAAUGAUAAUAGGAAACGAGAGUGGAAAAC